UGCGCGGCGUGAAUGUAAGAAUUUACCUCCAGUAACAUUCGUAAUUUUGGUAUCAUCGACUCAUCGAUAUCGAGUAUCGGUAUCGUCAUCGUCUGCUUCGUGCAGUGCGGAUGUCAAAUACUACACCAGUGAUGUACAGAUUACUUUCUGUUAUUAACGAAUUUUAAAAUUGUUUUUCGAACGAACGACUGUACGAGUUUAUGAAUAACUUUCUAAUGCAAUUCGUAUGUGAUCUUGGUGCUCCAUAUUUUUGUCUUUACAAAUCAUUGUCCAAUAACUCACUGACGUUAAGGUUCAUGAGGAAAUUGGCUUAAAUUCAACGUGUUUUUUAUAUUAUAUUAUGGAUGACGAAUUCGAAGACAGGAUUUUGUAUCAGGUGAUAUUGAGUGAUGCACAUCAAUGCUGAUUACUUUCAGAAAAAUUUUACAUACAUAGCUGUUAUACGUUCGAUCUUCGUAUCGCGUAAUCCGUAUUCAAAAAUAGUCACGACUCACAAGUUUUUGACAUAUGUAUCAUACAUGAAGCUGGUAUCAAAAUUUGCAGUGGGAAUUCCCACUGGAUUAAAUGCUGGAAUAAAUACUCCUUUUGGUUACUUUUGGAAAAUUAUGAGAGCAUAUGCAUUGAAGCCAGAAGUUUUAAUUUUUGGAGCAAUUUUAGCAAUUAUUCUAUUGUACAUACAGGCUGUUGAUGUAUGGAGCCGUUCAUUAUUAGGAAGAAUUCAAUAUACGCUCGGUCGUACCACAUCAAACGUAUCAAAGCUACAGUUCUUAGUUAACGAUUCUGUAAAUAAUGGGGUGAAACUUAGUUGGGAAUUGAAGCAAGGAUAUAUUGCUGCAUAUGCUGUUCAAGGGCAUAGAGCUCGCAUGGAGGACCGUUUUGUUGUAAAUGAGGAUAUGAACAGCACAGGUGUAUCUUUGUUUGCUGUAUUUGACGGACAUGGUGGAGAGUUUGCAGCAAAUUAUGCGCGCGAUAAGCUUAUUCCGAACAUUAAUAAAAAGGUGAUUGAAUUGAAAGAUAUGUUAGCUGGUAAAGUUCGACGUGGAUCAGAUGAUGCGCAGAAGGAGGAAGAAGAAUCUGAAAAGAUUGACGAAAAGGAGAAUACAGCGGAACCUCUUGAACGUAAAAAAUCUUUCCGUAAAACCGUAAGCACGUCCUUGACAGACGAUUGUAUGAAAAAAAAUGUUGGUGUAACCGAUCCGGAAUUACUUGAUAAGCUGGAUAGUUUGCCAAGGCCUAUAACAAGAGAGGUAAGACCAAGCAGAACGACAAAAACACCAUUGAGAAUAGAUAUUACAAAUUAUCUUGAUGGAAAUAAAAUAAACUAUGGUAGACUGUUAACAGAUGAAGUAUUAGCAGUGGAUAGAUUACUAGUUGAAGCUGCUAAGAAAAAUAUGGAUGUAGCUGGCACAACGGCCUUAAUUGCCUUGUUGGAAGACAAUAAAUUAAUAGUCGCAAAUGUUGGUGAUUCGAGAGGCGUAAUGUGUGAUGGAAAAGGCAACGCCAUACCCUUGUCUUUUGAUCAUAAGCCUCAACAGGAGAGAGAAAGAAGGAGAAUAAAUAAAGCCGGCGGUUUAGUAACAUUCAAUGGCGUUUGGCGAGUCGCAGGUAUACUGGCAACUUCUCGAGCGUUGGGGGACUAUCCACUGAAGGACAAGAAAUUGGUGAUCGCUGAUCCGGAUAUCUUAACUUUCGAUCUUAGCGAUCACAAUCCGAUGUUUAUUGUUUUGGCGUCAGAUGGUUUGUGGGAUACAUUCACGAAUGAAGAGGCUGUAGCUUUCAUCAAAGAACGUAUAAACGAACCACAUUUCGGCGCAAAAAGUAUUACACUGCAAAGCUAUUACAGGGGUUCAGCUGACAAUAUUACCGUAGUUGUAAUUAAUUUAAGGGAUCGUAAGUACAGCAUAUCAGAGGCCAAAAAGAAUCAAUAAAAUUUUUAUUACGCAUCGAAUUUAUAUAUACAUAUGUAUAAAUAUAUGUUAAUGUAUGUACAUAUGUAUAUAUUUUUCGCCAAAGGUAUUCUAGUCAUUAGUCAAGCAUUAACGACUAGUAAGUGUGUUUUGAAGAAAAUUAAAUGUACUUUUGUUUGUUUAUACAAUACAAACAUGAUAUUUCAGUCCUCAUUUAAAUAUUCCUUUUUUCGAGCUAAUAUUUUAUGAAAUAGAACACAUUCAGAUAUCAAUUUCUUUUUAUUUCAUAAGCAAUGAUGAUCACAACAUUUUGCCUGUAAAUAGUAAUUAAAUUAUUAUUGAUAUAUACAUAGUACAAUUGUCUUUUAAAACUUCGGAGGAAAUAAUUUGAGCUCUUUAAAAAUUAUGCAUGUGGAAUGUAUUAGUGUUCCUACUCCUACAGCUGAUUUAAAUAGAUUUGCCAUCGUAACUUUGAACUGUACGUGUUAUGCUAUCCAAUGUACUAAGUUAAAUGUCGAACAAUGUCAAAUUCGACUAACACGACAAAAAUAAAGAAAUAUUUUAUAUGUGUAUGUAA